AUGGCACGCAUACCGCAGACCGGCCACACCGCUGCGCCAGCUGCGACAGUAGCUUCCAGCGGACCGACGUGCUCAAGCGACACCUGCGGACGUGUCCUGGUAGGGUCUCAGAUGCGAGCCAGACGACCGGACGGAAACGGUCCUGUACCAGGGCAUCCGUGCCAGCGGUGCUUCAGCCAGGGGGUGCACUGCUCCUAUUCGGAUAGCGCUGUUGUCCAUCGUAAGAAAAAGGACGAUUCGCAAUCGCUUGCUCACAGUGAUGCGCUCGAUAUGGGCUCGGAGAUGGGCAGUUUCGAGGCCGAUGUCCUAUCCACAACGGCCCUCCAGAUGCCCUUGCCCGAUCCUGACCUGCAGCUCGGUGCCUUUAUGCCCAAUCCCUCAGAUACUCCCUUCUUCCCAGAGGGACUCGACUACUCUAGCCUCAGCUGGCAGGACUUCCUCACCAUGACGACCGAGAGCGAGACCCUGCGAACGCCGCCCAUGGAGGCCAGCUAUGCGCCCUCGCUGCGUUUCCUUGAUCGAUUCACCAGCAAUACCGGUUUUGUGGACAGUUUCGACUGUGGGACCAGAUACCAACGAGAGCAGAUGCUCUCCUGGUCACAGGAAGAUUCGUGGACCUGGCUGGACGACUCCCUCUCGCUCAAGACCCAUCAAAUCCUGCUGCUCGUGAAAGAAGUGGUCAUGAUCAAGCCGCGUAAUAGCGCAGUGACGCUCGACUGGUCGCCGGUCCUAGAGCAGAUGUGCCUGCAGUUCUUUUCGCCAUCGAACUUGCGGAAAUAUCUGCAGUCAUACUGGGCGAUAUGGCAUCCACAUGUGAAUAUCGUCCACCGACCGAGUUUUGACCCUGUAGACGCGAAACCGUCCGUACUGGCCACGAUGGCACUCAUCGGAGCAUGCGUUUCCCCUGACCCGUCAGACAACGAAAACGCCCGAAUGUGGUUCAACUGCGUCGAGGAGCUGGUCUUUAUUGACGAGGACUUCAACAGCGACUUGUCAUUCUUCUCGUCGGCAAAAAUAUCUGCUCAUCGAAAUAAGAUACAGGCGCUCCAGGCUGCGUACAUGGUUUGCCUGUACCAGACAUGGGAGGGCAAUGACGCGAGUAAGCGUAGAGUGCGUCGCAACCGGUUCGCGACGCUCGUCUCAACCAGAUCUGAAUUCGACUGGCGAGAGUUUGCCGUUCGUGAAGAGUUCGUGAGGGUUCUGACAUGGACAUUUUUGCUCGACACAGCCUUCACCAUCUUCAACAAUCUCCCGCCGCGGAUGGUGAUUAAAGAAAUGAAGAUCCACACUGCCCUUCCAGAGGCGUGCUUCCAAGCAAUGAAUGCAGAUGAGUGCUACGAGAAGAUCCAUCUUUUCCUGCCGUCGGAGAGCCUCUACUGGAAAGUGUCUCUUUGUAGUGCGUUUCAGACCCUCUGCAGAGAGAGUCUAGAGGUAACUGUCCGUGACGCCCUAGCGGGGUUAGGACCAUUGAACUUGUUCGCUCUGACAUCGGCUAUUCAUUCUCUGAUCUUUCAGUACCGGAAUUCGUGGGGCUCCUUGCAACUCUCCUCGCCUAUUCACAAUGCUUUGAGCAACUGGAAAGCCGUCUGGCAGCAAUUCACAGCCGCCCUUGUACCGGGGAUGUCUCCUCACGUCACGGUAGACCACAAUCAUAUCCGGCCAGACCAGAUGUGGAAGCGCGUUGGUUUCUUUAGCUACUGCCCCGAAUACUGGCUGCUGGCGAAUCUCAUGACAGACAAACUCACUCCACGAAACGCGGCAGGGGAAGCUGCAGCACAAGGGUUGGAGCGGUCUGAAGACGGGCCCUUGGAUUCGUUCUUGAACAAGUACGAUCAGACGAGUAUGAGGCAGGUUAACGAUUUGAUCCUCAGUUUGUCCGAUUUUAGGCUUGCGGGAUGA